AUGGUGUUAACACUGGUGGGUCUCGGCUUAAACGAUGAGCGCGACAUAUCUAUCCGCGGCCUUGAGGCGGUUCGCGCGGCAGACAUCGUGUAUCUGGAGAAUUACACAGCGACCCUCAAUGUAGACGCCAACCGACUCGAACGUUUCUUCGGAAAACCGAUUGUGUUAGCAGACAGAGACUUUGUGGAGGGGAGGGCAGAAGCGAUGAUCGAAGCAGCAACAACCAAACGGGUUGCCUGCCUAGUCGUCGGCGACCCCUUUUGUGCGACAACACAUGCGGAUCUGUAUCUACGGGCGCGACAGAGAGGCGUAACUGUUAAGGUUAUUCAUAAUGCUUCGAUUAUGAGUGCCGUUGCUGCCAGCGGCCUGCAGUUAUAUCGCUUUGGCGAAACGGUUUCGAUUCCCUUCUUUGAUGGCGGCUGGAAACCCGUGAGCUUCUACGAAAAGAUAAAGAAGAACAGGGACAACAACAUGCAUACUCUCUGCCUCUUGGACAUUAAAGUUAAGGAGCAGACAGUCGAGAAUUUGAUGAAGGGCAACAAUAUCUUCGAGCCUCCAAGAUUCAUGAGUGUCAACACCGCCAUCGAGCAGCUCCUCGAGGCGGCAGAGAUGAACAAUGAUGGAAGCGCUGCGGACAUCUUGGCGUUCGGGUUGGCUCGUGUUGGGGCCGACGAUCAGGCGAUUGUUUCCGGAACUCUUGGAGAACUACGGAGUGCCGACCUUGGGGAACCUUUGCACAGCUUAGUGCUGUGUGCUCCUGAGCUCCACGAAGUCGAACGAAAUUUUGUCGCUCUACACCGGCUGACGCAGUCGACUUCGUAA